AUGCUCCCGCUCCCGCUCCUGCUCCUGCUCCUGCUCCUGCUCCUGCUCCUGCUCCUGCUCCUGCUCCUGCUCCUGCUCCUGCUCCUGCUCCUCACGAUAGACAGAAGCAUUAUCCACCCUUCGCUCACUAACCACUUCAUCGAGACCUUCUCUGGAGGGGCAAUGCACGGACGUCCACACAUCACGGGCUACACGGGCUACUGCCCGUCCAUCAACAUCACCGGAGAUGUCCCGGGACAGGAAGGCACCUUAUGCUUUCACUGCAAGGUCACUCUCCCCGUCUCCCGCGUGGGCCAGCGGCUCCGCCCUGGCGACAAUCCGGUGAAGCUGGGGAUGGACAAGAUCCGAGCGUUCAGGAGCAUCCCUGGCUACGCAGGGCAUGUCCCGUCGUCGGAGUCCUACCUCAGCAAGGGAGUAAGGAAGAACGGGCUGGACAUACCCCGAGCUCUUCGCUCCUUGCUAGAUGAAGGAGUGGAGGAAGCCAAGUUGAUGACAGUGCUCGACAAGAACGGGACGGGGUGGCUGGACAAAGACAAGGUGCUUGCCGGCAUGAUGGAGCUCGGGUUCACCAGAGUCCGGCACGAGGAUGUGGAAGCGCUGUUUGAGGAGAACACGAUGCUGGUGGGGCAGAAUGAUCAGAUAUCCAUGUCGCGAUUGAUGUCUCUUGUGAACGCGAUCCCGUCUCCGAGCAAUGCUGCGGUAGGAGGGAACGAGGAUGUUGGAGGGGGAGGCGGGGGGUGA